AUGAGCACUGCCUGUUUGGAUCAUCGUGCCACCACUAGAAUGUGGGAACAUCUCAAGACCUCGAAACAUGUCCUCUGGGAGUACUACCACGUCUUCGGCCAACAGUGGGUUCACAUUUACAAGGAUCAAUUGAUGGCGCUCACUGGAAAGUCUGAGAGAGCUAUCAACGACAUCCUUCAAUCCUACCGUUCCGAAGACCACGCGAAUGGUGUGAAAAUCAAGCAACAAAAGUAUUCACCGGAUCAAGUCGCUGUGCUUUUUAAGGCUUUCGAUGAAUCGCAAUUCGCCGAUUCAGCUAAAAUCACCGAAAUUGCGGACAAGACUGGAUUGAUGAGGAAUCAGGUAUGUACAGAGCGGACGGCGAUGAUUCUAACUUGA